AUGUCAGAAGGAGAAGGAACAUUCCGGACAGUCUCUGAGGAGGAGCAAGAACUGCGUUCCAAGCUGGAACGACUCACGACCAAGGACCAUGGGCCUGUCUUUGGAAAGUGUAGCCAGGUGCCCCCCCACACCAGGCAGAAGGCCAAGGAUGAGCUCAAUGAGACAGAGGAAUCCCGGGAAGUGGCUGUGAGGGAAUUGCGAGAAAUGGUUCAAGAACGGGCUGAUUCUGGAGAUGACGUGGGUCGAUUGGUGGCUGAGAAAGUACAGGGGAAGGAGAAUGACUUCUUCCUCCGUUUUGUUCGGGCCAGAAAAUUUGAUGUCAGCCGUGCCUAUGACCUGCUUAAAGGUUAUGUGAAUUUCCGACAACAAUACCCUGAGCUCUUUGAAGAUCUGUCACCAGAGGCUGUUCGUUGCACCAUUGAAGCUGGUUACCCAGGCAUUCUCUCUAGCCGGGAUAAGUAUGGUCGUGUGGUCAUGCUCUUCAACAUUGAGAACUGGGACUAUGAGGAAAUUACUUUUGAUGAGAUCCUGCAGGCAUACUGCGUGAUCCUGGAGAAGCUGCUGGAAAAUGAGGAAACCCAGAUUAAUGGCUUCUGCAUUGUUGAGAACUUCAAGGGCUUCACCAUGUACCAGGCAACAGGCCUCAGGCCCUCAGAGCUCAGGAAGAUGGUGGACAUGCUCCAGGACUCUUUCCCAGCCAGAUUCAAAGCUAUCCACUUCAUCCACCAGCCAUGGUACUUCACCACCACCUAUAAUGUGGUUAAGCCUUUCUUAAAGAAUAAACUUCUGGAGCGAGUCUUCAUUCAUGGAGAUGACUUGGAGACCUUCUUCCAGGAGAUUGAUGAAGACAUACUGCCUGCUGACUUUGGAGGCACACUGCCCAAAUAUGAUGGCAAAGUCAUAGCUGAACAGCUAUUUGGACCCCGAACUGUGGCUGAGGACACUGCCUUUUAA